AUGCUUGGAUUCACGGGAUCAUGUCUGUCCAAGGAGUUUUUCGACUUAGCAAAAUCGAUUGGGGAGGCCCGUUCGAAGCAGGAGGAAGACAGAAUCAUAUGCAAUGAAAUCGUUUUGCUCAAGUCAAGGUUUGCCGAUCCAAAUGCGUCAGUAAAACAGAUAAAGGAAUAUCUGAUCAGGGCGAUUUACAUCGAAAUGCUGGGGCAUGACGCCUCCUUCGCAUACAUCCACGCAGUUAAGCUGGCGCACGAGAAGAACAUUUUAUGCAAGAGGACGGGCUACUUGUCAUGCAAUUUGUUCCUAAAUAAAGACCAUGAAUUAAUGUUACUUCUAAUUAACACAAUACAGAAGGAUUUAAAAAGCGACAACCAUUUGGAAAUCUGGGCAGCCCUAAAUUGUGUGUGUAAAUUACUAAACAGUGAAAUGAUCCCAGCGAUAUUCCCAAUUAUAAAAAAUUUAUUAAAUCAUAAAAACGAAUUGAUAAGAAAAAAAGUUUGUAUGUUGUUACAUAAAAUGUAUUUAAUAGAUCCAUCCUUAAUAAAAGAAAUUGACAUUUUUUUGAAGAAACUAUUGUGCGAUGUGGACCCAUCCGUCAUGGGUGCGUCAUUAAAUUUGAUCUUUUGCAUUGCCAAGAAUGACAUUACUUAUUGUAUAAAGUUAGUGCCAUACUUAGUUUCUAUUCUCAAGCAGAUAUGUGAAAAUAAGUUGCCCAAGGAUUAUGAUUACCAUAGAAUCCCUGCUCCGUGGAUUCAAAUUAAAAUACUAGCCAUUUUUAGAGUUCUCGGAUACUCAAAUAAGAAGAUAUCAGAACAGAUGUACGAAGUGUUACAGAAGACGAUGCAGAGAGCUGACUUUGGCAUAAACGUUGGUUAUGCUAUUAUAUACGAGUGUGUAAAAACUAUUGCUACUAUAUACCCAUCUCAUCAUUUGCUAGAAUUGGCAUCUCUUUCCAUAUCAAGAUUUAUCUCCUCAGAUAAUCAUAAUUUGAAGUACGUUGGAGUUACGGGACUAGCUCUGAUUGUGAAGAUUAACCCUAUGUAUGCAUCCAAGCACCAGCUAGCUGUGGUAGACUGCUUAGAAGACAAAGACGAAACGUUAAAAAUGAAAACGUUGGAUUUGUUGUACCAAAUGACUAACCCUCUAAAUGUUAAAGUAAUUGUGGAUAAACUUUUAUUUCAUGUGGAGAAUUCGCUAGACAUUCAUUUUAAGCAUGACUUGGCAUGCAAAAUUAUUCAGUUAAUUGAAAGGUACACUCCAGACGACAUUUGGUUUUUAAAUACCAUCAACUCUUUGUUUUUGUCCGUCGGUGAAUUACUCGAUGAGAGUUAUUCGUACUCCCUUAUUAAGCUCUUGAAGGACAGCUCCAUGUGCCUGGAUUCCGACUCCGGUGACGAUUUGAUUCGCAGCGAAGUGAAUGAGGAGGUUAGUAGUGGGGAUGGCCAUCACCGCAACCGCGACAAGAGUAAUAAUGUAGCUUACGCAAAUCAAGGGGAAAGUGCAAAUGCGGCUUAUUUAAACAGUGCAGAGAUGGGCAGUAGGGGAGAGUUCCCGAGGGAGACCGAGCCCCAAGGCGAAGAAGAAGGAGUUAGGAGCCACCCAUAUGAUAAACCCAAUUGUGGAAAUUAUGACUUAGGACAAAAUGAUGUAAGUAUGGCACUUGAUGACAGUGAAAAGGUACUCAUGGGGGGGGUGAUGACCCGGGAUGGAAAUAUGGACGGAUUUACAAAAGAUAACAGCCAUACUGGUGAAAACAACAUUAGGGAAGCAUCCAAUCGAAAAAACGAUCAAAAUGGUCAGAACGAUCAAAAGGAUCAGAAGGAUCAGGACGAAUUAAAAAAAAAAACAAAAAUAAACGAUGAUGUAUACAAUUUGAGGAAGUAUGCCGUGAACACCUACAUAACCAUGCUGGAAAAUAACGAAAACAUUCCCUUCAUUUUGAUGCAAAUUAUUUGCUGGGUGUUAGGAGAGUAUAGCUACCUGUGCGAUAUAGAAAAUUACACCACUGAAGAUAUCAUUGAUUUGCUAUGUGAGUGUCUGGAGAAAACUUUUAACAAUCCAGAUAGAGUCAAGUCCUGCAUAAUUACAGCGAUUUUUAAACUGUGCUGCUUCAACAAUGUAACCGACCAUGUCGUUGCUAAGAAGUUAAUCGAGAAAUACAAAAACAGCAGACUCACAGACAUGCAACAGAGGUGUUACGAAUACAGCUCCAUUUUAAAUAACCCCACCUUAAUCAAAAAUGUAUUCUCAAUAUCGAGUAAGCAGAAAAUCGUCAUUGAUGAAAAUCUGUCCUUUUUAAAUCCCCUCGUGGAUAAACAUUUGGCAAGUGGAGGGAAGGCUUACAUAACGAAGGAGUUAAGGCAAACUGAGACUAAUUUCGAAUCAGCUAAGAACAGCGUCCCCGUGCUCAAUUUCACACCAUAUGAAUUACCAAUCAAUAACAGAAUACACAUUGAUACCCUCCACACAUCCAACAGCGAUUCUGCGUAUGAAAGGAGUUACAAGUAUGACACACAAGCGCAUGUUUCGCUGGAGGAUAAAACUUCUAACCCCAAAGAGAGGGAAAGAACAUUUAAGCUUAAUGUGGUGGGCCCCAAAAAAUGGACAAAAGAAACGUGCAAAAUUGAAGGAAAGAAGAAUAAUGAGAAAAAUAGCCACAAAAAUGGAAGGAAAAAGAAGAAGAAAAAAAGAGACAAGCAACCAAUCUAUCAGUUGAAAGGUAGCCGUGAAAAUGUGAACAGAACUAAAGUAGGAAAAAAGGAUGGGCAAAAAAGGCUUCCAAAAUUUGGCAACACGCGGGGAGGAAUUCAACAAGAAGAGGAGGAAGAGGAGAAGGUGCAACAAAACAAUGAUGAACUUUUUUAUGAUAGCAGAUAUGGUGGACAGGGAAGAACAGAGAUGGGCGAAGAAGACGACGAGGACGAAGAAGAGGACGAGGAUGAAGACGAAGAAGUGGAAAAUGAAGGAAGCUAUGACGACAAUGACCAACCAGGGAAUGACGGAAGAGAGAAUGAAAAAAGAAUGGAUGACUUAGGAGACUACUACGAUCAGAAUUACGAAAGGUUUGACGAGAGAGAUAUACACAAGUUAAGGGAUUACAAGCAGCACCGUGAAAACAGCAACAAUAAUAAUAACAGCUCUUUUUACAAACAACGGAGCUCCCAUUCGAACAGCAAUGCAACCGAAACACAUAACGAGCUAACAGAGAAGGAAAAAAUGGCGGCUGCUCUUUUUAAUGGUCUAAUAUCAAACAAUUCUUCAGUUGACUAUUCGAGAAAUAAUUACUCUUCCAGUUUUUCAAGUAAAAAAAGCCACUUAUUAUUGUCCAAUAGGAAUUAUUUUAACUCCAAAUCUGAUGAGAGGAGCACUGAUGAGAGGGGAAAGCACUUUGUUGAGGGAAGAAAUUCAAGAAAAUUCCAAAGAGAGCCUGCUGCAUCGAGCAGUCAAGAAAUGGAAAAGAAAAACUCUUCGUUGAACCUUUUGGGAAACUAUUCAAACAAAUUGGACGAAAUGAGAAAAUCCAAUUGUGCAUUUGAUAUGAUAGAUUUGAACGAACCUUCUGCCAAAAGGGACUUUAUGGAGGAAGAAGAGGAAGAUAGGAGCUGUAAAGAGGAGGACAAAAAUCUGUGGAACAGCAUCAGCAGUCAGAAGAAGGCCGUUUUUUUAAACACGACAACGUUAAACAUAUUUCAGAUAAUUAAAAAAAUUGAGAACAACCUAAACGCCAACGUCGUGGAAGUCAGCAAAAAGGAAGCCUUAACUUCCUGCAUUUAUAGCAGCAAAAAAGUGUUGAUAAAAAUCAAAAUAGAGGAAAACAAAUUGGUUUUUUUAGUUAAGUCCGCGGAAAUUAGGUAA